ACGAAGAUUCUCGGAAUUAGAGCAUUUUCAAUCUGGAGAUAGGUAAACUUUGUCUAUUUAAUUAUGUACUAAAACUCGUAAUUACUCAUUUUCUUUCUACUUGAAUCGUAAGAUAAUUUGAGCACAAAAUCGGGAAAAAAGGUAGCCUUCAUAAAUAUUUAGCCGUUUAGCAUGACUUACACCCCCAAAAUGUCAAAAUAACGAAGUUAUAUAGGCCAAAGAGUCCAAUACUUUUGUAUGCCACCUUUUUCACCUUCAAUAUCUUUGAUUCAUGAGUUUACCGAUACCACCAAUCGAUGUCUACGAUCUUCCAUUCACGAGCGCUGUCCAGAUACAACCCCACCAGAUCAGCCUUAAUAACUCACGCUUCCUGCCCCCUCGCGUUGGUCUUUGGACGCUUGCCAGUUUGCACAGCGCAUGUUACCUUUUUAGGAAUUCUUUGGUUACUAAGCCCAGCAAUUAGGAAUAUAAUACGGCCAAAGUUUCAUGAAUCUUCAAAUUCUAUCGUUUAUUUGGGAGAUCUUGAAUGGAGAUUAUUCAAUCCAUGUUUCAUUUUUCUUCAUAUUUAGUUAGUUUUAAUGUUUAAUUGUUGAUGUAUAAUUUCACAAAUAUUUCCUGUAAACAUAAACAUCAUUAUUGGCUAUAUAGAUAUUUUUUAUUCAAUAUUACACUAAUAUCGAUACCAUAGUUUGGUAUCAAAAAGGAGUAUGGAAUUUGCCUUGUAUGGCCACAACCGUGAGCACUAGGAAAGUUUUGCGAUUUGAUAUCAUGCAAGAGGGGGGAGAGGGUUAGCGCAAGUGUGGAUCGGUUCCAGUCUGCGCAGUAGUUUCCCUCUGACUGUACUUGUUAAAUGUGCCCGAAAUGUUAUCAUGGUCUAAAGUUGAAUAUAGAAUGAUUUUACGCUACAACUUUGCGCGUGGAUUAAGUAUCGAUCAGUGUUUUGAGGAAAUGGUGCCUGUGCUUGGAGAGGAUUGUCCACACCGUUCAACGAUAUCCAGGUGGUACCGGGAAUUCAAGAGAGGAAAUUUUCAGCUUGAGGACGCCCCAAGAUCAGGUCGUCCGGCUUCAGCUGUUACAGAAGAAAACAUCAAUGCUGUUCGGAAAUUGCUUGAGGAAGACGGAGGAGUGACCUAUCGCCAGAUAAUGAAGUCCUUGGGUCUUAAUGCACCAGCAAUUCGUAGUAUUCUGCGGGACCAUCUUCACGUAAAGAAGAAGGAAGAGAAUCAAUCACAAACGAGGCUCCCAGUGGAAGACCUUCAUCUUCAAGAACUCCUGAAAGUGUUGGCAGAACAUCUUCAAGAACCCCUGAAAAUGUUGGCAGAACAUCAUCAAGAACGCCUGAAAAUGUUGACAGAACAUCUUCAAGAACCCCUGAAAAUGUUGGCAGAACCCACGAUCCUGAAAGUGUCAAAAGUAUCAAUCCCUGUGAAGGUUCUUAACAAUGCUACUUACUGCAAAGAAGAAGAAAAUUAUGAUAUUUCUCAAAGCACUGACAUCAAAAUUAAGGUUGAACCAACUUUAACUGAUGAUGUCUAUCAAGAUAGUGUUGUUUCAGAAGAGAAGGCAAAGGAUUUCUUGGUAGAUUGCAGUCGAAUCAAAGAGGAAGCAAAUCCAGAUUCUGGUAAUGAGGAAGAACAUCUAGAUUCUAUGAUAGAUAUUAGUGAAACGACUUUUAUCAAGCAAGAAGAUAGGUGCUAUAUUGGUGUAGAAAUUAAGAUGGAGGAGAACUGUACAGGUGUAGGUGUAAAAAUUAAGAUGGAGGAGAGCUGUACAGGUGUAAACAUUAAGAGGGAGAAGAGCAGUACAGGCGUAAAAAUUAAGAGGGAGGAGUGCUAUACUGGUGUAAAAAUAAAGAAGAAAAAGAUUGAACCAGAUCUAUAUAGUGAAGAUGAUGUCUCCUGAUGACUAUAAAAUUUAAUAGUAAUGUGGAAAAACAAAGACUGUACAAAUAUUUAAUUGUAAAAUGUAAAAUAAUUAUGAAGCAGUAUUUUUUAAGUUUUGUAAAUAAAAGUAAGUAUUUACAGCAUGUAAAUAAUAAUUAAAUAAUUUUAUAUAAUGACGAAGUAUUUUCUGAAACCUUUAAUUCAACUCUUUGUUUUCUUUUAAGACAUAUACUUCUA